AUGCUCACAACGUCAAACACACUGUCGUCCACCAAAACCAUUCUCGGCCAUCAUCUUACUGUACCCUCUCAGUCUCCAAUCAUCCACACCAUGUUCUCUCAAUCCACCCCAGCUUCCGCUCCCAUGAAAGACACCAACAACCCCAACAUGAUCGUUAUCCAAAACACCAUGGUUGGCGGCAACUUUAGGAAGGGUCUCGAUCGCUUGACCAGGAUGUUAGAACACAAGGUCGACAACCAAGUUAUGAACGCCCAGAUCCGAGCGUACGACAGUCCCUCUGGCCUCAAUGACAAGCCUCGUUAUUCGUAG